CGACGACAACGACGACCCAUCCUCCCACCUCGUCCCUCUCUUCAGCUCCCUCUUCGAUUUCCCCGUUCGAGGUCCACAAGUCGCAAAAAUGGGUGGUGUCACCGUUCGCGAUGUCGACGCGCAGAAGUUCAUCGCUGCCUACUCUGCGUUCUUGAAGCGUCAGGGAAAGCUCCCCAUUCCUGGAUGGGUUGACACUGUCAAGACCUCCGCCUCCAACGAGCUCCCUCCCCAGGAUGCCGACUGGUACUACGUCCGCGCUGCUGCCGUCGCCCGUCACAUCUACAUGCGCAAGACCGUCGGUGUUGGCCGCCUCCGCAAGGUCCACGGUUCCGUCAAGAACCGCGGUUCCCGCCCCAACCACCACGUCGAUGCCUCCGGCUCCGUUGACCGCAAGAUCCUCCAGUCCCUCGAGAAGAUCGGUGUCCUCGAGACCGAUGAGGAGAAGGGUGGCCGCCGCAUCACCCAGAGCGGCCAGCGUGAUCUUGACCGUAUCGCCAAGACCACCGUUGACGAGGAGGAGGACGACGAGUAAAUUAGUCCCGCUGGAUUUCGAUUUUAAAAUAAUGAAAAAGUCCUGAUGUUAACCCUCGUCCUUUUUCUUCUUCUAACUUCUUUUUCUCUUCUUCGCCUUUUUCAUCCUUCGACGUGGGUUUGAGAGGAGUAAAAAAGGAAAGUGGGAAACUUAGGGGGAGGGAAGAGGCGGUUUUGGGUUCAGCAAUCCUUCUUCAUCCUACAAGUCGACUUCAUGUAUAACUUCGUGUGUGUGGCAGACGGUUAAAGGGUGCGAGGCAGGCCAA